AGACAUGGUAGAUGGAUAAGGCCAUUUAAUCAUAAAUAGAGAGGUAAAUCUAAAUAGUUACACUAAUGUUUGAUCAAUCUCUCUCUUACUGUUGUUCAUAUAUUAUUACAAAGCAAAUCACUGAAAUAUGUUUCAUCAAAAGGUUAUUGUGGCAGCAGCAGAAAGGAGGAACAAUAGGCGUGCAUUACAAGACAUUGGUAAUCUUGUGGCUAAGCAAGCAGAACAAAAUGUGACAAAGCGCAACACAAGAAAGUUUUAUGCUAAUAAUCAAGCUGCAGUAGAGAAGAACAAGAAAUCAAGCACUGAACUUGCGAAUGGAGCAGGAGUGGUUCCAGCUAAUGGGGGUUGGCGUGAGGAACUUCAUUGCUACAACAAAGUUAGAAGCAGCUAAGAAGCCACCAACAGAACAUGAAGUCAUUGUCAUCAGCUCAGAUGAUGAAUCCGAGAAAGAAAAGAAGAGGAAGCCAGAAGCCGCUAGAGGAAGAAAGAUAAAGGAAGGGGUAACCAGGGAAAAUGCUAAGGACUUCAGUUCAGUCCUCUCGACUAGAAGCAAGGCUGCUUCUGGACUCUCUUAUAUGCCCAAGAAAGUGGUGAACAUUGUUGCAACUGACAUGGACAAUGAAUUGGCAGUAGUGGAGUACAUUGAUGACAUAAACAAGUUCUACAGACUCACUAAAGUACUCCAAUUGUUUUUGCUUUUACUCUUUCUCUAAUUCCAUUCCUUUA